AUGAACACAGAACAAGCACGAGAAGAACCAACAACCCACGAAGAGAAACGAGAAGAACAAGAACAGACAGAAGAGACCAAGAUCGACCCAGACCUACAAAACAAGAUCACCAGAUUCAAAGCCUUACGAGAACAAGGAAUCUACUUCAACGACAACCUCGUCCAAAGCAAAUCCUACAGGAACCCGAACAUCUAUACCAAACUAGUCGAGUUCCUCAGCCUCCACGAAUGCUCUACUAACUUCGAGCCCACCUUCUGGGACCCUCGAGGGUUCCCUGACUCGGCUCAGGCUGACUCGCUACGUCAAUUACAACAAUCUCUGGCAGACGAGAAAGAGAAGCAAAGGUCAAACCAAGCAUCCAAUAAGCGCUCCAACAUCGAAUUCGAACAGGCCCGUCAUCAUCCUUCGUCUUCCUCCACCUCCCAUCUGAAUCCUAAAGGCUCCCUGAAACGCGACCGUGAGAGGGAUCGCGAUCGGGAGGGCGAUCGGGAGAGGAUUAGACAGCACAUGAGCGGAUCCUCUCGCCGUCACGAUCCAUGA